CACUCUUCAUAAUUCAUUCAAUACAAUCAGAGCAUUUUCUCUAUCUCUUAAGCACUUAUGUUUGAGCUUUUCUCUUUCGAAUCCCUUCUUAUAGCUAUGGAUACUUCUGCUAUCUUGGUAUCAAAGUCGUCGGUCUGCUGUGGGUCUGCGAAUGUUCUUGGGCUCGGUGAUUCUGAAUUUUUUUUUGCGGGCGUCCGUUGAUUUUGUGGCUGCGGAUCUGAGUGUGUUUUGAUGUCGAUCUCAAGUGAUAUGCUUCAUUUCGUGCUUUGCUUGUUGAAAACUUUGGGCACGAAGCCAUUUUUUGCAUCUUGUUCAAGUUUUAGGGCACGAAGCCAUUUUCUUGUUGAAUUGUUAAGGCACGAAGCCAUUUUCUUGUUGAAUUGUUGAGGCACAAAGCCAUUUUUCUGUUGUUCUUUUGGGCAAUAAGCUAUUCUCUGGUAUUCUGCAAUUCUUGGGUGUUAAUUGUUGUUAUCUCUGUGCAAUACUUUUGACUCGUGAAAAAUGUCUAUUCCUGGUGUGAAAAUUGAGGGGGUUUUGGAGAUGUUGACAAUUAAACUGAAUGAUCGUAAUUUUUCUAAAUGGGCUUUUCAGUUCAAAUCAGUAUUGAAAGGGUAUAAGUUGUUUGAUCACUUUGAUGGAUCUGCUUUAUGUCCUCCAAAGUAUGUCUUUCAUAUAGAAAAUGGGGUUACUACAGAAGUCACAGAAGCUUUAUUGGAGUGGGAAUCUGUUGAUAUGGCUUUGUUACUUCUUGCUACCUUGUCUGAUGAAGCCAUUGAGCAUGUUAUUGGGUGCAGAACUGCACAUGAUGCUUGGUCUAGCUUACAAGAUAGGGAAUCGUCAAGACUUUGAUGGCUAAAGUUGAGGAUUAUGAUGCUAUCGAAUCAUAUCCCCCACUACUACCAUCACAAUAGACUUGUAUUAGGAUUUUAUUGUACUUUGUUAAUUUAUGUGUACAUUUUGAAUAUAUUAUAUAUAUUGGAUAAUUUGAUCACUA